GCCUGUCUACCUAUGAGACGAGAAAGGCCACAAAAAACAGCAUCAAAUUGUUAUAUUACAGGAUGGGGUGACACAGGCCGGGCAUAUUCAAGGACUUUGCAACAAGCUUCCGUGACUUUAUUACCAAAGCGGAUUUGUGACGAGCGGUACAGGGGUCGAUUUACAGGGAGGAUGCUUUGUGCAGGAAGUCCUCCUGAGCAGAAACAUGUGGACAGUUGUCAAGGAGACAGUGGUGGUCCUUUGAUGUGUGAACGAACUGGAGGCAACUGGGUAGUAUAUGGAGUAACCUCUUGGGGUUAUGGCUGUGGUGUUAAAGACUCUCCUGGAGUAUAUACAAAAGUGUCAGCCUUAAUACCAUGGAUAAAAAGUUUGACCAAUUUGUAA